AAGAAAACGAAAUUCUAAUUGAAAAGCUUGCCGUGCAUGCAAUUGAAAAAGAAUAUAAUUAUACUAUGAACAAAUUGCCAAACCGAAUUUGUGUCAAUUAUUUAUUUUUUAAUAACAAUGAAUAUUGCAUGUUAAAUGUUGGUCUAUAGGAAUUUGUUGUGGUCUAUAGGAAAUAAAAUGACUAUGGACCGAAAGUUUAUAGGACUUUAAAGUUAGUUUCGCACACUGUAUAUAUAUAUUAUGUAUCUAUUGUGGAAAGUAUCUAAUCACUCUUACGAUAACCUCGUAGCAUAGCACUUACAUAAUAAUUGGAAGAAAACAAAACAAACAAACCAAAAAACAAAAGCAACAAAACAAAAACAAAAAACAAAAAAACAAAAAUUGAAAAGAAACCCACAACAACAACAAACAUAAAAAAGAAACAAAAGCAAAGUAAACAAACAAACAACCAGUUUAAUUACACUUCAUUUAAAAUCAAUACAUCAAGAUUGGUCAUAAUUUGUACAUUUCAUCUGUGUAAUUUUUAUUGAAUACAGGCAUUAUUUAUAAAAAGUAUGUGUAAACAAGGAUUAACGUUUUUCUUUUAAAUCAUAAAUCAAAGCAAAUAUCUUAUGUUGUGUUGUAUAUAUUUCUAUAGUAAAUAGACCAGGAUUUUUUUUUUUUUUUAGGCGUGUGCUUGUGUUCUUAAUAUUGUGUAAGCCCAUUCCAAACCGUUCUACCCAAUCGUUAAUGUCUACCGCUCGCUUUUGAUACCCGAUGUGUACGACCCCCGGAUGUUUUUCAAAAAUUCUGACCGACAUGAUGUUUUCUACAGCAAAAGGAAAACGAGUGUGCCUUCUUUCAAGCUUUGAAAGGAAAUCAAGCAACAAUGAUAUUUGUUAUCGGCCACUGGAACAAAAUUACCCAAUUUUAAUGAAUGAAUGGACUUGCAAAUCGCCGGUUGAGGUGUCUUUAUUUCUGGAUUUUGACUGCUGUAGUUUGGCAAAGCCCAAUAUGUAAGUAAAUAGAAUGACAGGGGGAAAAUGUAGACCAGGGGGUUCCGAUAACAUAUCCGGCGGAUAUUCCAUUGUUGAAGCGCAACUCGAAUGCAAAGACUAACAUCAAAGCACAUCUAAACAACACAAUACACAUGCCGAUCGACUCGAACAGAUUGGAUGUUUUCAAGGAGGUCCGCGCUUGAUGUAAACAAAACAGAUUGUGCUUCCGAUCGACUAUUAUUUACCGUUCUCGCAUCGUUCGAAAACAUGGCAGAUACCGCAGCUCCCGCGAAAAAGAAGGUUUCCAAGCCCAAGGUGCCCGCAGCGCACCCAAAAUACAUCGACAUGAUCAAGGCUGCCCUCGGGUCACUGAAAGAGCGUGGUGGAUCUUCUAGACAAGCCAUUCUUAAGCACCUGAUGGCCAAUUAUAAAGUGGGCAAUGACGUCAACUCCAUCAAUGCCCACCUCAAAAUGGCCCUUAAGAAUGGAGUCAAAAAGGGUGCUUUGAAGCAAGCCAAGGGUAAAGGUGCCAGCGGCUCCUUCAAACUUGGAGAUAAGCCCAAGGCUGAGCAGAAGCCUAAAGCCAAGAAAGUAGCCAAACCAAAGGCUGCCAAACCUAAGAAGGCUGCUGCUGCUGCCAAGCCCAAGAAGGCGGCCGUAGAGAAAAAAGUGAAGACGCCAAAGAAACCAGCCGCACCCAAGAAGGCCAAGACUCCCAAGAAGAAGGCGGCAGCCAAGUCCCCCAAGAAGCCCGCCGCCAAAAAAUCCAAGACCCCCAAGAAGGCCGCCGCCAAGAAAUAAGCAGUCUUUGCAAUAUUCCUGCACAGAGUGUUUACUCACAAAACAAAAGCCCUUUUUAGGGCUACCAACAUUUUUAGAAAAGAUGCCGUUCUUACACGUGUGAGAGAAAUGCGUUUCUACGUCAUUUAAGUGAAUACUGAUUCAAGCUGUUUUAACGCUUUCAUACUUCAUUUACUUGUCCUGCAUGUCAUUCAGUUAAAAGAGGGGGGGGGAGGAAACUAACCCACGCUUUUACAAACAACAUGACAUUUUUUUAUCUGAUUUAUUAGCUCUCCCUUCCUAAAGCUGUAGGGUAAGAAAUAAGAUGGAGACCGGUGAAUUAUGACAACAUAUAGUACAGUACCUGCAUCAUUUAGUCCUCAUUCAUUUGAGUAAAGCUAGCUGAAUUGAAACAUUCAUAUAUAUAUUAUAUAUAUAUAUAUAUGCAUUUCUUAUACAUCCAAUGGCUUGAUUGUUUUCAUUCGGUUUAUUGUCCGAUAAGAAAACAAAAAUUAAAAGUAUCAUCCGUGGACUUUUAUUUCAGUACUUGAUUUGUAUACAGUCCAGGUUUGGCAGGACUACACAUAAUUCACUCUCAUAAUGCAAUGUUUCAUGUGUGUAACAAUGUUUUCAGACUUUAGUCAACGAGAAAUGUCUGAUCGGUGUCUAAAAGUGAAAAAAUGGGGUUCUUUCUUUGUUAGGAACAGAGUGACGAUAAGAGUAAGUUGUAAUUCUCGCACGUCUAAUUUAGCCUUCAAAAUGAAAUAAGGAUUUACACAUUUUAAACAGUUCUCCGUUGUCCAGAGACUCGCUCACUUCAUGUGUACAUCAACUUCAUAGCCUCAAUGUUGUUCAAGAUUUAUAUAUAGGAGUGAUUUUUGUUAGGAUGUAACAGUAGUCUGGGAUUCUGGAAUGAUUUGGGGUCUUGAAAUUCACAAAGCUGUCUGAAAAAGUCAUUAGUCACAACUAACUAGUACUGUCUAAUAACAUCAAAUCAUAUACCAAUGAUGUUAGUCACAACUAUUAUUAAGUGAAAACAAACAAAUAUUUAAUGACUUUUUUUUAUUGGGUGUUUCUUGAAUUCCAAGAAUUAUGAUUAUUCUAGUAAGAAUGCAAUGUCAUAUAUCAUCUCUAUCCAAAUAUAUUUGAGGUCUGCUUUUGUCAAAUAACUAUUUUGCAACCUCUUUGUUAAAUGUUGAGGUUACAAAUUUGAUAAUCAUUGGUUUAAACUAUAUUUAAAUAUGUAUCGGUGCAAAAUAUACAAACAGGUGAGAAAGGAAGACUUUAAAACAAAAUUCUAUGUACGAAUGAAUGUAUGUAUGUACAUACGUAUGUAUACAUGUACUAAGAACUUUGGGAAUCUGGGAUAUUUCAAUUGCAUAUGAUAAAUAUACAAAAUUUAGUAUUAAUAUGGAAUUAUGUAUAUUUAUGUGCUAUUGAAAUAUCCCAGAUUCCCAAAGUUCUUAGUACAUGUACAUAUUUUAAAAUACUUAUGGUAGAAGACUGCCAGUCUGAUCGACUGGGCACAAGCACUGUCCCUUGGUACCUAGCUCUGCAUUCAGGACAGCAUUUUAUACUGUUUCACUUUUACUUCCCACAUUGCAUCCUUGUUGUGCUGUGCAUUUUCAUUCUAUGUUGUUAUGAGCCAAUAUUUCAGAUCAAUGUUAAUAUAGAAAUCCUUUACAUAUGUACAUGUACGUGUGUAUACAAUCAUGUAUGUGUAUAUAUGUGUUUAUGUAUACAUGUAUAUGUACGGUGUGUGUAUCUAUAAGUAUAUGGUAUCAUGUGUUUAUAAUGAAUAUAAUAAAAUUGUGUAUGCUCACUGAGGGUCCUUAACUGGUGAAUAAAUAAAUAAAUGUAUCUCCUUUUAAAUGUUUUUAACAUUUACUUGUCUGUCCAUACUUUUGUAUCCACAAAUAAUGUUUACAAUUGUACCCUGAAAUCCCUUGUAACAUCCCAUCUCCUUCAUUGUUUUUUUUUUUUUUUUUUACAAGUUUAUGAAUUCUGUGCAAAAUGUGGAUUGAAAUGUCCCAAGUCAAGACCAAUCAACGCUGCAUACCAGCGGCUAAUCGCAGAGUGUCUUUCUGAACCGCUUAACCAAUGACAAGUGUCGUAAGAUAUGAGAGCGCCGAUUUCGAUUUGCUUAUAAACUCUAGUGUUUCCGAUCGGGCACUUUAUUCUAUCCGAAUAAUUGGAGAAGAUGGCACGUACAAAGCAGACCGCAAGAAAAUCUACUGGAGGCAAAGCCCCACGAAAACAGUUGGCUACUAAGGCCGCCCGUAAGAGCGCCCCAGCCACCGGUGGCGUCAAGAAGCCCCACAGAUACAGGCCAGGAACUGUCGCUCUUCGUGAGAUCAGACGGUACCAGAAAAGCACUGAGCUUCUCAUCAGGAAACUCCCAUUCCAGCGUCUGGUCCGUGAAAUUGCACAGGACUUCAAGACCGAUCUGCGUUUCCAGAGCUCUGCCGUUAUGGCCCUUCAGGAAGCUAGCGAGGCCUACCUUGUAGGACUUUUUGAGGAUACCAAUUUGUGCGCUAUCCACGCCAAGAGGGUGACCAUCAUGCCCAAGGAUAUCCAGCUUGCCAGACGUAUCCGUGGCGAGCGAGCUUAAUUUCACUCGUGUGACACUCAAACAAACGGCCGUUUUCACGGCCACCUAAUUCUUUCGAAAAGAUGCCUUCAUAUUGCUCUUGAUCAAGAAACUUGUCGUGAAUAAAGUAUGACUGAAUGACAUGUAUAACCCUACAUCCACAAACUACUUGACCCAAGUCUGGUAAAUUUCUGUAAAAUAAGAAAAGUUAACGCGACUUCAGUAAUGAAACUAAAUGCUGCGAAUGUGAACACGUACAGCUAUACUGUCAAAACAGUAGUAUACAUUGCAGAGCAUCACUUGUAUAGAUUACAACAAAUGCACAUUGAAAAUCCUUGUCAGCAGGAAAGUACACAACAAACUAUACAAACUUAGAGAAUAGCUGUAUAGAACGUACUAAGAACGCAUACAUAGAGAAAUCGGUAGUCUGUAGUACACACUAAAACAACCUACCUAAUUCUAGAAGGGUCAGAUACUACGGUAUUUCAUUCAACCAACUCUGGGCUUUUGAGGGCAUGUAAAGCAUGCAUUAAUAAGAGAAAUUAAGGGGUUCAAAUAAUAGCUAGCAUCAAUAGCGCACGGAGAAAUUCUAUAACAACAACAAAAUAUAUAAAUAAAAACCCAGAUGUAGAAAUAUGUAGACGUUAGGGGGGUCAUGAUUAUUUUGAGAGGUCAAUGAAAUCUUCACUUCGUAUUACAUUCUUGCGUAUAUAAUCACAGAACAUCGUAUAUUUCAUUAUGUUAAUUCAAAUCUUGUCUGAAAUCAGUAUUACACGUGUAACACCGUGUUAAAUGUGUGCAGUGCAGAAAUGUGAACUCUGACAGUAAUAAUAUAUCUCCAUGAUUGUUAUUUAUUUAUAUUGUUGUAAUUAAUUACUAGUUAAUCUGUACACCCCCACCCCCUUGAGGGCCCUUAAUUGAUGAAUUAACGUAUGUCAUAACAUUUUAUAUCAGGAGACCAUAGGCCUACAUACAGUCUAACAAAGGGCUUGAAUUUCUUUUUCAACUUGCACAGAUAUAUUUCUUAUUUUCAACAUGUUGAGUAGAAAUUUUCUUAGCUUGAUUAAUAAUGGAUUAUCUUUAUUAUUUACCUUUUCUCUCCCUUUUUUUUGUGUUUUUUGGAUAUAGUAUAGUAGACUUUCACAGUUGUGAGCCAUGUUUUCAUAUUAAUUACCCUAAUAAAAACAAAUGCUAUUAUUGUGUGUUAAUUAACAGGAAAACAAAACGAUGAUUUAAAAAAAAAACAGAACAGAAACUAAGCUAGGAAAUCUCAAAUGUGUGCGCAGAUAAAAUAUUACAUUCCUAUCAAAAUAAAUAAAUACUUGUAUACUGUGCAAGAGAAAUGUAAACAAACACAGGUAGGCGCGUUUAGCGAGAACCAAUCACGAUGUAGUUAACAGCGCUUCUUCGGACACGACAAUCGACUAGCCGAAGUUUCAAGGUAUAAUGCGCUCUAACGGGUCGUCAAUUAGGGCUAUAUAAAACAGCAAUUUCUCAAUUUGUCAGGUCAUUCAGCACUUGUCUAUUAAUCAGGAAUCAUGUCAGGAAGAGGCAAAGGAGGAAAAGGUCUUGGAAAGGGGGGCGCCAAGCGUCACAGGAAAGUCCUUAGAGAUAACAUCCAGGGUAUUACCAAGCCCGCCAUCCGUCGUCUUGCACGUAGAGGUGGAGUCAAACGUAUCUCUGGACUCAUUUACGAGGAGACCCGUGGUGUAUUGAAAGUUUUCCUUGAGAACGUGAUUCGUGAUGCUGUCACCUACACCGAGCACGCCAAGAGAAAGACAGUCACAGCCAUGGAUGUUGUCUACGCCCUCAAGAGACAGGGACGCACCCUUUACGGAUUCGGUGGUUAGAUACUCUUAUCACCGUUUGUGCAUCC